GCCGUCCCCCAUCCCGUCGGUCUCGUCCUCCUUGCCCUCCUCAGUCCCGUUUCUGUACCAGUAUCUCACGUUUUCACGACGACAACAUACCCCGUUUCUCCCACCCAACCCCCAUCUCCGUCAAGCUGGCGCCAACACUCCUCUCGGUGCUCACCUCACGGCUUUCGAGGACCAGGUCGCAGUCUCCCCAGCCCGGAUCCCCUAAUUCAGCGUCCCAGGCUCUUCCUAUGGGCCAGCAGCAGUCGUCGAAAAAGUCGAAGAAGAACGGCAAAGACAAGGAGAAGGACAAGGAUGUCAACAGCGACGCAGUGACUCCUGAUGCCCAGUCCGGCGACGCCAACGACACGCCCCAGGGCAGCCUCUCGCGCGCGACAGGCGCCACAGAGCCCACUGCACAUACCAACGGACACAGUGCGGUACCAGCAGGCCACGGUACGCCCGCAAUGACCAUCACGAACCCCGAGGGCAACGUCGUUCCGAACGGCAACGGUGCGCGUCCUCCCGGCUCACCCAACUCCAACCCUACCGACCCCAUGUCUGGGACUUCACCGAACGCCUCCUCACCGGCGUCGUCACCUGCAGCGCACGGCAAGCCGGCGCCGCUAGACAUCCCCGUCACACACACCAUCCUCUCCACCUCGCCCGGAUACCCCACACCCGGGUCGACCAACAGUUUCUCGCUCUCGGACCCCUCCAGCGUGGGCGCACGUGGCGCCAAGGAGGGGGUCAAGCAGCUCGAUAUCGAUGACAUGAUCCAGCGGCUGCUGGACGUCGGGUACACGGGCAAAGUGAGCAAGUCGCUGUGUCUCAAGAACGCCGAGAUAGUCGCCAUCUGCCAGGCUGCGCGCGAGGUCUUCCUCAGCCAGCCCACGCUUAUCGAGCUCUCCCCACCCGUCAAGAUUGUCGGUGACGUGCAUGGACAGUACUCGGACCUCAUCCGGUUGUUCGAGAUGUGUGGGUUCCCGCCCGCGGCGAACUACCUCUUCCUGGGGGAUUACGUGGACCGAGGGAAGCAGAGUCUCGAGACUAUCCUGCUGCUGCUCUGCUACAAGAUCAAGUACCCCGAGAACUUCUUCUUGCUCCGGGGCAACCACGAGUGCGCCAACGUCACGCGAGUAUACGGCUUCUACGACGAAUGCAAACGGCGGUGUAACCUGAAGACGUGGAAGACGUUCAUCGACGUGUUCAACUGCCUGCCCAUUGCGGCCAUCGUCGCGUCCAAGAUCUUUUGCGUGCACGGCGGGCUGUCGCCCUCGCUACACUCCAUGGACGAGAUCAAGCGGAUACAGCGACCAACGGAUGUUCCUGACUACGGUCUGUUGAACGACCUCCUCUGGUCAGACCCCUCCGAUACCGCCGUAGAUUGGGAAGACAACGAGCGCGGGGUCAGUUAUUGUUUCGGCAAGGCGGUUAUAAACGACUUCCUCAUCCGGUACGAUAUGGACCUCAUCUGCCGAGCACACAUGGUGGUGGAGGACGGGUACGAAUUCUGGAAUGACCGUACGUUGGUCACGGUGUUCAGCGCACCGAAUUACUGUGGAGAAUUCGACAAUUACGGCGCGUGCAUGAGCGUGUCGGAAGAGCUAUUGUGCGCGUUCGAGCUGCUCAAGCCCUUAGACGGACCAGCUUUGCGAAAAGAGAUGACGAAGGCGAAGCGGAAGAGCAUGAUGGCCACCACGACUUAAGCCGCGUCACGACAUACCGUUCCUUGGAAGAGUGUAUAAGAGUAUAAUUGCUGCAGGAGUUUGUGACGCGGAUGCUGUUCCGCGACCCAUCGCGCCGGCAACGCCGCCUUUCUUAGGGCACGGCCCGUCGCCGGGCCCAGCGUCGACCGUAUAGGCCCUUGGAGAGGGAAGGCGGGACGAUUGUCCGUCGCGUCCCCAUUCGCCGUUUCGGUCCGACUAACUUAAACUAUCUUUCUCAUGACGUCUCUCCCUGUCUCCCCGUCUCUCUCUCCUUCCGUGCUGCUGGCAAUUUUCUGGGAUUACGGACUGUCAUUGUGUACACGCUGCUCUUGCAUCAUUCCAUAGUUACGUUCCCGCCGCUGCUAGUACGUACGCGCUCGCCCGCCAUUCGUUUUCGCGCCCCCCUCUCUGUCCAUUUCGCUCGUCCCAUUCGCCCCGCCCCGCACCCCCCGGUUACCCUCCGCCUGUGCUAUAGCCAUGAUAUCUCAGUUGU